AUGGAAGUUUUAGUCUUAGCUGCGAUUCUUCUCCUGUCUCAAGGGAUCCAAAGCCAAGAGAGUGUUUCCUGGGAGCCACUAAGAAAACUUAACGAUGUCGUCACGUCACGUUUAAAAGAGAGUCUUCAACAAGCCAGGCGCGGAGACUGCUCUAUGACUCUCCUGCAACUUCAGCAGGCAGUCGAGCUACCCCUAUCGCAACUGGCCCAAAAAAUUGAGGCACUUAAUGUUUUCAAUCUUCCUCGGCGGGAUGUCGGUUCAACUGGCACUCAAUCGGUUUUGAAUGGAACUCUAUCCAACGAAAGUAAUGCCCUUCGGCAGGGCGUCACAAUAACAAACAAUGACUUCGAUAAGAAAGUCCUGCAGCUCCUCCGAAGACUCGGUAUCUACGAUAACUUCACCACACGCGUAUUCAACGCUAUCUUUAGCGAUGAAAAGCAGUUAAGAAAACUCAAGAAGAAGCUCGACGAUUUGGGGAAGGAGGAUAAGGCCGCUGACCAAGACCUGUGGAACUUUGUUUUUGAUCUUUACUGA